CCUCAAUCCAAUCCACUAAAUUAAUUUACUGGGUCGCCAUAUAAAUACGAAGAAAUUCAACAAUGGCCCCUCUCGUCCCGAUCUUCUCCGCCGAAGCUCUCCCUGACCAUGUCAGCAUCGUGCGCAAAAACUUCCAAGAGCGACGUCGCAAGGGCGGUCCCGUCGAGUUGGAAAAAUGCAAACUCAUGGAGAUGGUGCAGUACUCGUGUAAUCCGCCGCAGGAUGGGAUCCCUGCGCCCGGAGUGGUGGUCUGCAAGCCGGUCGUGCGGUUGUUCAGACGGUGUGCCAAUGGGUUGACGGUGGAGACGACAUCGUGGGAGCCGAUCAGAUUGGAGGAAGAGGCCAAGCGCAAGGCUGCAGAAAGCAGCUCGAACGUGGACAGCAAAUGAAGGAGGACCGUCUAUCUUACAUGCAUAACUACGGUGUUGAUUGGCGCUCGUUCUACUGGUUCUCGUUGACAGGCUGAUCGCUGCUUAUAAUCUGCUCAAUG